UUUAAGUUUCAGCUUUGCAUCGUUGAUUUUGAUUUAAUCGAAUGUUCAGUACUCUGCGAAAUACUAGAAAUAUUUUAUAGUGGUCAUAAUUUCACUUUACUCUGCAAUAUUUACGAAUCGUAAUUUGAUUUAAUUAGAAUUAUCAAGCUUUUAAUUAAAUUUAAGACGACAAACAAAGACGAUCUCUUAAAAAAGUGAAUAAAAAAUCCAGAAAAGAUUCGCAAUGAAACUCAAGUAUCCGAGUAUAUACUUAUCGCAGAAGCUGAAAGAGUUAGGAUUACGUGUUGGUAGAAAUCCUAUUUACUUUAUCGUCGUUCCACUGUUUGUAUCCAUGGUAUUAGCUACGGGUCUUCACAAGUGGCACGAUGAAAGGAACAUGAAAUAUUUAUUUGAACCCAAGAAUACCAGACAUGUUAAAGAAGAAGAAGUUAUAGCAAGACUAUUUCCAAUGAAUUUAUCUUCUGAUGCACACAUGGGAAGGAUGAACAGAGAACCAAAUAUAGCAGUAGUCCUAGUAUCAGCCAAAGAUGAAGGAUCAAUGCUUCGAAAAAAAGUAUUUCGAGAAAUUAUUCAAUUAGAUGAAAUUAUUCAAAAUAUAAAAACUGCGGACAAUUUCACAUACAAAGAUUUGUGCGCACGAAAUAACAAAAGAUGCUUCGAGAAUUCUAUUUUAUUCAUGCAGAAUGAAGUGGAAAUGAUAGAAAACAAAACUUAUACUAUUAAAUAUCCUUUACACGAAAUAAGUCGAUACGAGUAUCAACUGAACAGUUUAUUUUUAGGAGGUGUACAAAAAACUCCAGAAGAUUACGUGAAAAGCGCGAAAGUGUUGAGACUCGUUUACUACUUUAAUGAUGAUUCGAGUAUUGGAAGAAACAGAGUAGAAGAAUGGCAAAAUUUGUUUUUGGAUCGUAUUGAAUCAAGUACUUUUCAGCAUAUAACCGUUUAUCGAACCACGUCGAUUACAAUGGAACAGGAACUAUUUAAAGUCUUGUAUCGUUUACUUCCUCAACUUCCGAUUUCAAUGUUAGCAGUAGUAAUCUUUUCAAUGCUGACUUGUCUGUAUAACAGUUGGAUCGAGAGCAAACCUUGGAUCGGAGUCAUUGCAUUGAUAUCGGGAGGAAUGUCUUUGGCUUCGUCAUUUGGAUUGGUCAUGUAUUUUAAUAUACCGUUUGUGGUUACUGCUGGAUGUGUACCCUUUCUAAUUAUAGGUAAGAAUUGUAAAUUGUUUAAAAUUAUAUAAAAGUUGUUUUUCUCACCGUACUAAUAUAGUCCACUUUUAAAUUAAUACUAUAUACAGAUAAAGAUAAUUGUAGGAUUUGCGAUUUAUUCAAAUUGCUG